UUUGUUUAAUGGUGCUCUUAUAGUGUCUACAAACUACUAAUUUUAACCCAAAGAUCGCAAACAAAAAAAACAGAAACAGAAAUUGUUUUAAUAGCCAUGUUCAGGUCUUCCUUUCUUUCUUUCGGUUCUGCUGCUUCUCUUCCUGCUUCCCAGUUCACCUUGACUUCCAAGUCAUGUUCGAUCAAAGUUGUUCUUCGCCGCAACUCCUCCAUCGCGGAUCAUAUUUUACCCCAGAAAAUCCUACCCUCUGAUUCCGUAGCUGAUUUUGUUGACAAACAUGCUCCUUCUCUAACUAAGGAUGCUUCAAAGAAUCCACUAUCUGAGUAUGACAGGUUAGUCAAAAUAGGCAGAUUAAAAAAUGAUGAGUACCAGCGAGAGAUUAUAUCAAAUUUAUCCAGUUUGCAUUCUUCUUUAAUCAACUACACUCCACCAAAGAUCAAUAUUCCUGAUAUAUCUGUCAGAAAUAGUAAAUUCAAUUUUAAACUAAAAAAUCCCUUUAGUUUUUUACUAAAAAAUAAAAAUUCAGAUAACCAAAAUGUUACCUCUCAAGAUCAGUCAAAUAUUCCCCCAGGUAUUUAUCUUUAUGGUGACGUAGGAUGUGGAAAAACAAUGUUAAUGGACUUAUUUUAUUCUACGAUUCCAAUCCAUUUAUCCAAAAAGAGAAUUCAUUUCCAUCAGUUUAUGCAAAAUUUACACAAAAGAUCCCACCAAAUAAUAAAGAAACAUGGUUCCAAUGAUUUUGAUACCAUUCCAAUACUAUCUGCCGAAAUAGCUCAAUCUGCUACUGUCUUAUGUUUUGAUGAAUUUCAGGUCACUGACGUAGCUGAUGCAAUGUUAUUAAGAAGAGUCCUACUAAGAACUCUUCGUCCUGACCAUGGUCUCAUUCUUUUUGCCACUUCAAACAGAGCUCCCGAUGAUUUAUAUAUCAAUGGAAUCCAAAGACAAUCUUUUAUCCCCUGCAUCAAAUUAAUCAAAAACAGAACUUCUGUCAUAUAUUUGAACUCUCCAACUGAUUACAGAAAGAUUCCAAGACCGGUAUCAAACGUCUAUUGGUAUCCCAAACCGGGUGUUUCUUACGAAUCUUCAGCUGCUAAGGGUCAAGCUCAAAAACAUGUCGAUGAAUGGUAUGACUAUUUCACUCAGGGCCAUCCUCCAGAACAUAACGUUGAAUUAACUAUUUGGGGUAGAAAAUUAAUUGUUCCAAAAUCAAGUCCUCCAAAUGUUGCUCAAUUCACUUUUGAAGAAUUAUGUGCUAGACCCUUAUCUGCAGGUGAUUAUCUAACUUUAGCUCAAAAUUUCACUUCCUUUAUCAUCACUGAUAUUCCAUAUUUAUCCAUUGAUGUAAGAGAUAAAGUUAGAAGAUUCAUUACUUUCUUAGACGCAGUGUAUGAUAACAAUGGAAGAAUAGCUGUUACUGCUGUUGCUCCUUUUGAUGACUUAUUCGUUGAACCCGAAUUGGUCGAUUCUUACGGUUUUAAAUUGAAAAAAUCGGAAAUUGAAGCCAAAGAAGAAACUUUAGAUGAAGAUUUAGAUAACGAUAUAUUAGUUAAAAAACACGGUUUUGAUAAAAAAAUUGCUAAAAAAGCUGCUUUUUUUGCUGUCGAUGAAGAAAGAUUUGCUUUUGCAAGAGCUUUAAGUCGUUUACAUCAAAUGAGUACAACUGACUGGGUUGAAAAAGAAAGAGUUCACUAACUAUCAUAAUAAAUCAUUUUUCAAUUCGGUUUCAAUUCAAAUUUUAUCUUAAAAUAAUGUAUCUCAAAUAAAGAUAUCCUAAUUUAAUUCAAUUUAAUUUAAAUUAUAAAUUUAUUACCCAAUAUUUAAC